CAUCCUUGAGGCCACGCCAGGGCGCUGGGAGGCUGUGGGAGCUCCUCCCAAACACUUCCUGCCGGGGACAUAGACACCUGUCGGUGUAGGUGCAGCGCACCCCAGGCCUGGAGGUCCAGGAGGCCUGGACGGACGCCCACCUGCAGCAGCUGACCCGCCCGGCUUGGACCUGCCGGGAGCUAGCUCACCGCCACCAUCCCAGCUCUGAGCACCGGAGCUGCCUAAGCAGGUCCACCCACAGGGUCCUCCACCCCAGCCUGGAUGUGCUCACUGCCGCUGCCUCAAGAGCCCUUGCGCCGUGUGGCAGUGAUCGGGGGCACGCACGGCAAUGAGAUGUCAGGUGUCUACCUGGCCCGGCACUGGCUGCAGGCCCCUGGGGAGCUGCGGAGGCCCAGCUUCUCUGCCACGCCGGUGCUGGCCAACCCGGCAGCUGCAGCUGCCUGCCGCCGCUACGUGGACUGCGAUCUCAACCGCUCCUUCACUGGCACCUUCCUCACUGCCAGGCCCCACCCGGAUGACCCAUACGAGGUGAAGAGGGCCCGAGAGCUGAAUCAGUUGCUGGGGCCCAAGGCCUCAAGCCAGGCCUUUGAUUUCGUCCUCGACCUGCACAACACCACGGCCAACAUGGGCACCUGCCUCAUCCUGGAAGCUGCCCACAAUGUCUUUGCCAUGCACCUGUGCCGCCACCUGCAGCUGCAGAACCCGGAGCUGCCCUGCCAGGUCUUCCUGUACAAGUUGCCCGGAGAAGAAAGCUGCAGCCUCAACUCGGUGGCCAAGAACGGAAUGGGCCUGGAGCUUGGCCCCCAGCCUCAGGGAGUGCUACGGGCUGACCUUUUCACCAGGAUGAGGGCCCUGGUGUCCUCAGUGCUGGACUUCAUCCAGCUCUUCAACCAGGGCACAGCCUUCCCUGCCUUUGAGAUGGAGGUGUACAGAGCCGUGAGCAGCGUGCACUUUCCACGCACCGAGGCCGGGGACCUGGCAGGCAUUGUGCAUCCUCAGCUGCAGGACCGAGACUUCGAGCCGCUGCGGCCCGGUGCACCCAUCUUCCAGAUGUUCAGUGGCGAGGACAAGCUCUACGAGGGGGAGUCCACCGUGUACCCUGUGUUCAUCAACGAGGCCGCCUACUACGAGAAGGGCAUCGCCUUCUUCCAGACGGAGAAGCUCAUGGUCUCCGUGCCCGCCCUGCCUGCAUUGGCCCCCGCCCCCGCCCCAACUCCCUAACGCAGGCCACGCCUGCCCGGCCUCAGCCCUCCCCCCUGACCCUG